AUGAAGUCUACUGGGAGUGAAAAGGGUGUCCACCCUGACAGCUACACCUCAGACCUAGAUGAACUGGAAAGUGGCAGUGAAAGCUCUGACAAGUCCAACAGUGGCUGCAGUCAGCUGGAUGGCAAAGGGAAGCGGAAGAGGAAAAGCAGACUGACAGGGUUCAGUAAACAACGGCAAGCUGCAAACGCCCGGGAGCGGGACAGGACCCAUAGCGUGAAUACUGCUUUCACAGCACUCCGGACCCUUAUUCCAACUGAACCGGCGGACCGUAAGCUCUCGAAGAUUGAGACGCUACGCUUGGCUUCGAGUUACAUCUCGCAUUUAGCCAAUAUCCUCCUUCUGGGAGAAGACUGCUUGGAUGGGCAGCCCUGUUUAAAAUAUCAGGCCAUCUUGCAGAGUGCCACCAAUGUAAAUAACUCUGUGCCAAGACCAAUUUGCACUUUCUGCCUAAGCAACCAAAGGAAAAUGAGUACACAGUGUCAGCUGUGA